UCUCUAUUUCUCUCUCUCUUUAAGCCACUUUCUGAAACUUUUUUUUUUUUUUUUUUGGUUCAUUCUUGUCAAAAUGCAAACAGCUCAACAAACGAAUCGACUUGAUUUCUUAUUUGCAGCAGGGUUUGAGAUGGUGUCAAGGGUACCUGCACUCAGUCGUUACUACAUGAGCGAAUUCCAACACUCAUUAACCGAAUUUGAAUUAACCACACCGAAAACGGUGGCUAGACUUGCCUGUCCUAGUUGUGGACAAAUUCGAAUCCCGGGACUUUCAACGCACGUCGCAGUUGUUGAGAGACAAAAACGAAAGAAGGGUAAACGACCGGGGAAUCGGAUCAAGACGACCUGUGCUCGUUGUUGUCACACAAGUUUCUACCAUGGUUCAUACAAGCACAAGCUACCCACUGCCGCUACCGCUACCGCUACCGCUGCUGCUGUGCCUAUGACACCUGUCGUGAUUGAAAAGAAGAAGAAGAACAAAGGGAAAAAGAAUAGUUUGAAAGCCAUGUUGAAUAAAUCCACACAACAACAAAAGGAAAGUACAGGGAAUUUAUCUGAUUUUCUGUCCUUUUUAUAAAAAAAAAUUAAUUUUUUUCUUCU